UCCCCGGUUGUUCUGAGCGAGAGAAGGACGAAGAGGGACUCCUCCUCGGAUCGCCAGGACCAUGGUGAUACUGCAUUAUUACAAGCGGCCCAGCAAGACGGACAGCAGUAUCGGCAGCCUUCUGCGCACAGCCCAAACUGCCUUGGGUGAUGGCGUCCAAGCCGUACAGCGGGAGUUGUGCUUUAACGUUAACUGGACAGGGGAAGCACUCCCAGGUUCCAGUGCGACUGAGUUGCUGCAGUGGAUCUUUGGGUGCCCCUUCGAAGAUGGGGACAUUGCCACCCAAACCUUCCUCAGCCCAUCCGCCUCGGAUCUGCUGAUAGAAAUUGGACCCCGAUUGAACUUCUCCACGGCGGCGUCCACGAACGCUGUAUCGGUGUGUCGGGCGGCUGGACUGGAAACAGUUGACAGGAUCGAGUGUUCUUGUCGCUACCUCAUCAAGUGUGACCAGCGCCCCUCAUCGUCUCAGGAGGCCUGCCUCGUCGCUUCCCUACAUGACCGGAUGACUGAACAGUGCUAUCCAGAGCCCAUUAGUAGCUUUGCCGUAGCCGUCCACCCUGAGCCGGUGUUCCAUGUUGACAUUCUAGGAGAAGGGAGAGCCGCCCUGAUGAAGGCCAACAACCAACUGGGGCUGGCCUUUGAUUCCUGGGAUUUGGACUUCUACACAAGCCUUUUCCAGAAACUUGGCAGGAAUCCCACCAGUGUGGAGUGCUUUGACCUUGCCCAGUCAAACAGCGAACACAGCCGGCACUGGUUCUUCAAAGGCCGCCUCGUGGUGGAUGGACAGGAAGCCAAAGAGUCCCUCUUUGAGUCCAUCAUGAGAACCCAGGACCGCAGCAACCCCAACAACGUCAUUAAGUUCUGCGAUAACAGCAGCGCAAUCCAGGGCAAGGAGAUCCUCUCACUGUGGCCCAGAGACCCGUCGCAUUCCAGCCCCUUUGAGAAGCGUACUUCCACUCGGCAUGUCAUUUUCACAGCUGAGACCCACAACUUCCCCACCGGGGUUGCUCCCUUCAGUGGGGCGACCACCGGGACUGGUGGGCGAAUCCGGGACGUCCAGUGCACGGGUCGCGGGGCCCACGUUAUUGCCGGCACGGCUGGAUACAGCUUUGGAAACCUCAACAUUCCAGGGUACUCAUUACCUUGGGAGGAUCCAUCCCUGCCAUACCCAGGAAACUUUGCUCGGCCUGUGGAAGUGGCCAUCGGCGCUAGUGACGGUGCCUCAGAUUACGGGAACAAAUUUGGGGAGCCUGUGCUGGCAGGCUUUGCACGCUCAUUUGGGCAGCGUCUGGUGGAUGGUGAGCGGUAUGAGUGGAUCAAGCCCAUCAUGUUCAGCGGGGGCAUCGGGGCCAUGGAGGACACGCACGUGCGCAAGGAAAUCCCACAGCCUGGUAUGGAUGUCGUGAAGGUUGGAGGCCCCGUCUAUCGAAUCGGCGUUGGGGGAGGAGCGGCUUCCUCCAUCCAGGUGCAGGGCGAUAAUGCCAGCGAGCUAGAUUUUGGGGCUGUGCAGCGUGGAGAUGCUGAGAUGGAACAGAAGAUGAACCGGGUGCUGCGUGGUUGUGUGGAAAGCGGCGAGGACAACCCCAUCUGCAGCUUGCACGACCAGGGCGCUGGAGGCAAUGGGAAUGUACUGAAAGAACUGAGUGAGCCGGCCGGGGCCACUAUCUACGCAAGCCGCUUCCAGCUCGGAGACCCCACACUGAGUGUCCUGGAGAUCUGGGGGGCCGAGUACCAAGAGUCCAAUGCCCUCCUACUCCGCCCUCGUGAUGCUACUUUCCUGCGCCGAUUGGCCCGCCGCGAGAGGUGCCCUGUUGACUUUGUAGGCCGGAUUACAGGUGACGGACGGAUCUUGCUGGUUGACGACACGAAGGUUCCGGCGAGUGACGCAGAGCUGAAGGAAGGGCAGGCGGGUGGAAGGCCCACCCCUGUGAACCUGAAACUUGAAUGGGUCCUGGGGAAGAUGCCGCGCAAGGAGUUCGUUCUGAAACGGGUGAAACGAGCCCUUCGACCUCUGGACCUGCCCCGUGACCUGAGUGUGGCCGACGCCCUCCAGCGAGUCCUGAGGCUACCUUCUGUGGCUAGUAAACGUUACCUGACCAAUAAGGUGGAUCGGUCGGUGACGGGGCUGGUGGCCCAGCAACAGUGCGUGGGUCCCCUGCACACCCCUCUGGCAGAUGUCGCCGUGGUGGCUCUCUCGCCCUUUGAGAUCGUGGGAGGGGCCACGGCCCUGGGGGAGCAGCCAAUCAAGGGGCUCAUUGACCCGGCCGCCGGCGCCCGGUUAGCCGUGGCGGAAGCGCUCACCAAUCUGGUCUUUGCUCGAGUCACUGACCUGAAGGAUGUGAAGUGCAGCGGGAACUGGAUGUGGGCGGCCAAGCUCCCGGGAGAGGGGGCGGCCUUGGCCGAGGCCUGCCGGGCCAUGUGCGCUGUGAUGGGGGAUUUGGGCGUGGCUGUGGAUGGAGGCAAGGACUCGCUCAGCAUGGCGGCCCGGGUUGGCACGGAAACCGUCAAGGCUCCUGGGACCUUGGUUAUCUCCGCUUAUGCUGUCUGCCCAGAUAUCAGAUCCACCGUCACCCCUGAUCUUAAAUGUCCAGAAGGCAAAGGGACCCUGCUUCACGUGGCGGUCAACCCAGAUAGGCAUCGUCUGGGGGGCAGCGCGCUGGCCCAGUGCUUCUCUCAGUUGGGGGAUGUCUCCCCAGACCUGGAUAGUCCCAGUACUCUUGUUUCAUGCUUCCAAGUCACCCAAGAGCUGCUGAAAGAUGGAUUGAUUUCUGCCGGGCAUGACGUGAGCGACGGGGGACUCCUGACUUGUUUGCUGGAGAUGGCUUUUGCAGGGAAUUGUGGCGCCCACAUAGAGCUGGGCGCCCCCGGAGCUAACGCCCUGGAGGUGCUGUUUGCGGAGGAACCCGGCCUGGUGCUCGAGGUGUCCCGUGCAGCGGCAGCCGAUGCCUGCCGACGGUACCGGGAAGCCGGCGUGCGGUGUGUGCCCGUUGGGCAUUCGAGUUCCCGGGGAGCCAGUGCCAUGGUCCGGGUCUCCGUGAACGGCCAGGAAGUGCUGGCUGAGAAAGUGGGGACGUUACGGGGCUGGUGGGAAGCCACUAGUUUCCAGCUGGAGCGGCUGCAAGCCAACCCCGAAUGCGUGGCCCAAGAGGAGGCGGGACUGGCCAAGCGCACUGAACCGACCUUCAUCAUGACCUUUAACCCCCAGGAGGAGCUUCCUCUCUUGCAGGAAAUAGCCCUGCCUGCCCCCCGUGUCGCUGUGCUUCGGGAAGAAGGGAGCAACGGGGACCGUGAAAUGGUGACUGCUUUCCUCAUGGCCGGGUUUCAGGUCUGGGACCUCAACAUGGAGGACCUCUGCUCAGGCGAGAUAGCGCUGGACUCCUUCCGAGGCCUGGUCUUCGUCGGAGGGUUCAGCUACGCCGAUGUGUUGGGCUCGGCCAAAGGCUGGGCUGCUUCGGUGACCUUCAACCCCCGAGCGCGGGCUCAGUUCCAGGCCUUCCACCGCCGCAGAGACACCUUCAGCCUGGGCGUGUGCAACGGCUGCCAGCUGAUGGCCUUGCUCGGUUGGGUGGGGGCCGAAAGCCCGGAGGCCGAAGCUGAAGCAGGUGGCUCACUCAAACCAGGGCUACUGCUGAGCCCCAACACUUCUGGCCGCUUUGAAUCGCGUUUUGUGAUGACGAACAUUGAGGAAAGUCCGGCGCUGAUGCUGCGGGGCAUGGCCGGUUCUACCCUGGGCAUCUGGGUGGCUCACGGAGAAGGUCGGAUGCAGUUCCGUUCCGCUGAAAUCCUGGCUCGCCUGCGGUCUGCACGUCUGGUCCCGCUACGCUAUGUGGACGAUCAGGGGCUGCCAACUGAGGAGUACCCUCUGAAUCCCAAUGGAUCUCCACUGGGCAUUGCAGGCGUCUGUUCCCCUGACGGACGCCACUUGGCCAUGAUGCCUCACCCUGAGCGCUGCAUCCUUCCCUGGCAGUGGCCCUGGAUGCCGAGCUCUUGGCGCCAGUCCCUGAAGGUUUCCCCCUGGCUACGCAUGUUCCAGAAUGCUUGCGAGUGGUGCUUGCGGUAUCCUGAAGGCCAGCCUUGACCACACCUUUCCAAGAAAUCUUCACCUUUCAUUGUUGCCCUUAUACACCUCCUCAAAU